AUGGAAAACGCAAGCCAAAAGCUUCCCCAACUGGUUGCUAGCGGGAUAAUGCUAAUGGUCUAUGCGUCAUUGAGCAGUGCUCUGCUAGUCUUGAUUAUUCUUAUAGACUUAAGGGGCAUUGUAUCAUGGACAACCAUUUACUAUACUCUUGCUGCUUCUUUUUCCUCUUUUUUUCUUGUAGUUAUCAGCUAUAUCCAAGUUCAUACCUUGCGGUCUGAGACUGAGACUGAGAAACCUUCAUUGACAGCACUCUCUCUGACCUUUCUUUUGGAUUUAUUUAAUUUAAUUGGGGGGUGGAUAGCAUCUGGUCUGAUACUUACAUCACACUUCUGGCCCACUGAUAUGCUGACCCCUUACAAAAUCUUUUUCGCUUGGUCGCAAGCAUAUGUGUGGUUCAGUCUUGUAAUUAAUAUAAUAAGGGAGUAUAAUGUGAUUAAGGAGCAGAAGAAAAAGCGGAAGGCUUUGCGUGAGGCCGAAGAGAAUGCUUUGCGUAAGGCGGAGGGGGAAGAUCCGCACGAGGCCAAGAAGGAAGAGCCGGACGAGGCCGAGAAGAAAGACCCGCACGAGGCCGAGGAGCUUGGCGAGAAGAACUCCAUUGCAGGGCCAGUAUCGCGUUUC